CAAAAGAAACAGAAUGAUGGCUUGAAGGAGAAACCUAUUGAUGGCUUUUUCCUUCUUUUUGUUUCCAUUACAAGACAUGAUCGGUUACCUCAGCGACACUCUUGUGUUCUGUCUUUCUUCUUCUUCUUCUUCUUCUUCCCCAUGCCCGUGACCGUGAGAGAGAUUUCCGAAUCUCUCCACAUUACUUCACUUUCUCUCUCUAACUCAGAAGUUCCGAUCUCACAAUGGGAAUAGCAUAGAUAUGGAAGUCGGAAAAGGCGUUGAAAUGGAACAUAGCCCUGACAGCGUUCUUCCGCCUCCCCAUCCCUUUCGAGAUUCAGAAAAGAGGAACACGAGAUUGAAACCACCUCGUAGAGAUGAAAUAUUGAGGGUCAAAGAAGGCUUUACCGAGAUAAGCUUCAGGCGCUACCGGAGCUCAUCUUGUAAGAAUUUCUCUUCUAGGCCUCUUGUGAUGGGAGAUAGCAUGGAACAAAGGAGAGGUUCUGUCUAUCAAAGCUCUAACGAAGCAUUCAAGGAAACGAGAUUCUCGGGAAGUAAUGAGGCAAAGGCGAAACUCGAGCUGUCACGUGCUAGUGAUGCCUCUUUCUCGUUCAGAAUCGUUGAUUCUUCCAGAACAGGGAGUGCCGGGAGAAGCCCACAGAACGAUCUUUCAGAUGAGCCGAAGUCUGCAGCCAGUAGCUUUAUUGACAUUUGUUUGAACUCGGGUAUCAAAGACAGGGCGGCGGUGUUGGAUUCAGAUGAUGAACUGAAUGUCAGAUGUGAUGAAGCAGCCGGUCCUUUAAACGAAUAUAAUCACCACAAAACAAGAUUGCCUAAGUCUCAGUCUGCAAAAGUAGAGACGCUUUCAGUCUCUCCAUCAGAAAGCAAUUGCAAUAGGGAAAGCUCAAGGGCUCAGUUUGGUCAUAUUAGGAAAAUGUUUGAUCCAUUUGUUAAAUCAAAGUCUCUGAGAAGUCCCCUUGGGUACUUGGGAGAAUCAAGAGAGUUCAAAGUUGAAUGUACAGAAAAAAUGUUGAAGGGAAGUGAUCAUUGCAAAGCAUUGUUCAGUGAAAACUCAGAGGAUCAUGAAAAAUUGUAUAACAGUCCUGCAGUCAUGAAUAAGGAUCGUACGCUAGCUCUGAUAUCUUCCCCUGUUCAUCUGCAUGCUUGCCUUAAGCUGGAAAACAAAGAUGGGUUGCCAGUUUUUCGGUUUUUCUUGGAUUCUCCUGAGGAAGUUUAUGUGGCAAAAACAUGGAAAUCCAAUAACGGGUCCAAAUGGACGUAUACGUUUUCCUGCGUUGGAAGCAGAAAGAAAAGCAAUGCCAGUGUUUGGGGUCUGAACGAUUGCAGCCGAGAAUCCUCACAGGUAGGUCAGAUGCAAGUUUCCUGUUACACGUGCUUGGAACCAAGAAAAAAUGGUCAAGACCCAGAUAAACUGAUGGUAACCGAGUUUGUUUUGUAUGAUAUUGCUCAUGCCAGACGAAGUGUUUCUGCACAGGAAAAUUCAUCCCGACCAAAAGAUACAGUUAAAGUUUCGAAAAGUUCUGCUAAACCAGACUCGAGUUCAGGAAGUAGUGAACCAGAAGAUGGUUCUGAUGUAACAAAGCAGAGACUUCAGCCCAAGAGUGCAUCUGAAAGUUUCGAUCUUUAUGCUUCAAAGGAACCAAAACCAUGGCCAGAUGCAGAUUUGCAUCCUGACCUCGAAAUCGCGGCUAUAAUCAUUCAAGACCAAAUCGGGAAGAGAGAAAGCUUAAAAUAUAGAGGAGGCGACCAAAGGGUCACAGACAAGAGGAAUCUUCUCAGUCUUUCUCCGAUUGAGGAGGGCAAGAAAUACUUUUGUGGAAGCAGAAGUCCGGAAAAGCUAAAGGUCAUAAUCCCGAGGGGAAACCACGGCAUACCAACUUCUGAGUACAGUGGUCCUUCACCUUUGCUUCAGAGGUGGAGUUCGGGCGGCGGUUGUGACUGUGGCGGUUGGGAUAUGGCUUGCCCUCUUGUAGUUUUUGGAAAUUCCAGUCUCUCAUGUUCUCAUGAUCAGCCUCUUAUGGGCAAUCACCAUCCAUUGGAGCUAUUUGUCCAGGGAGCUAAGGAGAACACACCAGCAUUGUCCAUGACAUUUGUCAAGGAGGGACAAUAUGAUGUCCAUUUCCAUGCACAGUUAUCAACACUGCAAACGUUUUCCAUCUGUGUUGCCAUACUACAUAACUUGGAAGCUCCAGGUGACUGUAGAAAUGGCGAGAACAUACAGUUGUCUCAGUGUAACUCACUGAAAAUGCUUAUCGAGGAUGAAGUCAAGUGCUUAGUUGAAGCAGUAACUGAGGACGAGAAGCAAGUCACCAAGCCUGUGAAAGGCAGUACAGCCACUCUCCAAUCCUACAUGCCUAACCCUCCCAUCUCACCAAUAUCCCGAGUCUAGUCCUCAAGGGUUGUCACUGUUGAAAAUACGUUAAAUUCAUUCUCCUUGAGGCCCUCAGGUUUGCUCUUCAAGAUGGCGAUUAGAAGAGAAGGGUGGUUCCCAACUCCAGAAAGCACAGCCAUGAAGGAGUGGAUUCUUUGGACAAAGCUUGAGCAUGGGACCGGAUAUUCUGCAUUCGCCAGUCUGAAGAAUCCUUCUGAAGGGUUAUCGGAGAGGCGAGAAAUUCUUUGAUGUGUCAUUUAUUCAUUCUUAUGAGUAGGGUUGCAGGGUUUAAUCACAAUAUACUGUUCAUAUUGUAGCUUAGCAAGGAAAGGUACUCAAUUGGGUUAGAGGUAGAGUCCAUAUUCAAGAAAUCAGGUCAAGGGGUCUUGAUAGAUCUCUGGAAAAGUUUUGCAUCAUGUAAUGAAUAAAUGGGUCUUUCCCU